AUGCUGAAAAAUGAACAAAAAGUUUCUUUUAAAAAUGAAGGAAAAGAAAAAGAAGCAAGCGCUGCUAAAAACAGAUUAAAAAUACAUUGCACCCAACAAGCAGGAACCGAGGAAAAUAUUAAAUUCAAAAUCUACCUCAGCACACACAGCCGUAAAUGUGGGCCAGAAUGCGUUGAUAUGUCUAAUAAUGUCUAA